AUGUCGCAAUCCCAGCCCUCCUCCCAGCAGUCCUUUUCCAUGAGCCAGCCCUCGGCCUCCCACUCGCAGGGCUACCGCCAGUUGUCCGACUCCCAGUCGAGGAUCGCCCACAAUGAUGCGCCCCAGAUCUACUCGGCCUCCUACUCCGGCGUAGAUGUGUACGAGAUGGAGGUCAACCAGAUCGCCGUCAUGCGCCGCCGCAAUGACAGCUGGCUCAACGCCACCCAGAUCCUCAAGGUCGCCGGUGUCGACAAGGGCAAGCGCACCAAGAUCCUCGAGAAGGAGAUCCAGACGGGCGAGCACGAGAAGGUCCAGGGCGGCUACGGCAAGUACCAGGGCACCUGGAUCAGGUUCGACCGCGCCGUCGAGGUCUGCCGCCAGUACGGCGUCGAGGAGCUCCUCCGCCCCCUCCUGACCUACGACAUGGGCCAGGACGGCGGCGUCGCCGGCCGCGGCGACCUCAACACCCCGACCAAGGAGCAGGCCCUCGCCGCCCAGAGGAAGCGCAUGUACAGCAACACGGCCGCCGACGGCCGCACCAACGGCCUGUCCGGCACCUUCUUCAAGAACAUCUCCAGCACCGCCUCCAACGCCGUCGCCGCCAUCAGCAAGGCUCGCUUCGACUCCCCCGCGCCUCGGAACCGCACCGGCCCGACCCGCCCUCCCAGCUUCAGCCGCCAGUCCUCCAUGCAGAACCCCGACGACUUCCCCGGCAACUCCCAGCAGAGCUUCACCUCGGACUAUGGGAACCAGGUCGACUCGGCCUACUCGACCCAGAACUCCCACAUCUUCGCCGCCGACGAGCCCCCGCGCAAGCGGCCGCGCGUCAUCACCCCCAGCGACAGCUUCGGCUACGCCUCCCAGUCCAUGGAUGUGUAUGCCAGCAACUUCCCCGGCUCGCCCACCGAGCCGAACGAGUCCUUCAUCUACUCGCAGGCCGGCAUCCACGCCCAGACCUCCGAGGACGGCGUGCCCCUGCCCCCCCUGCCCAUGGACAUGUCCCCGGAGGCCGAGCAGAAGCGCCACCACCUGAUGAACCUCUUUGCCGACGAGAACCUCAAGGAUUUCUCCCAGCACGAGCUCUUCCAGUCGCUGACGUCCUUGGACUUUGACUCGCCCAUCGACUCGGCAAACAACACGGCACUUCACUGGGCGGCGACCUUGGCGCGGAUACCGCUCUUGCGAGCCCUGAUCGCCGCCGGUGCGGAUCCGUUCCGCGUGAACACGUCGGGCGAGACGGCACUCAUGAGAGCCUGCCUCGUGACCAACAACUGGGAUCUGAGCUGUUUCCCGGAGCUCCUCGACGCCCUGGGCAGCACCAUCGAGAUCACGGACAACAAGGGGCGCACCGUCCUGCACCACAUUGCCGUCGCCAGCGCCGUCAAGGGCCGCAGCCAGUCCAGCCGUUAUUACCUCGAGAGCCUCCUGGAAUGGGUCGUCCGGCAGGGGAGCGCACCUAGCAGCCAGACGACGAAUGGUGUUCCCGCCGCGCCGCGGAUCAACCUGGGGCGCUUCAUGAGCGAGAUCGUCAACGCCCAGGACAAGGGGGGCGACACGGCCCUCAACAUUGUUGCGCGCAUCAACAACCGAAGCAUCAUCUCGCAGCUCUUGGAAGUGGGUGCAGACCCCGGCAUCCCCAACAACAACGGGCUCCGGCCCGUCGACUUUGGCAUCCGAGGGAACGGAGGCGAGGACGGCGUCAACGGCGACGUGGCCCAGCAGAACGGCGCGCUAGACGCCGAGAAGAGCCGCGAGAGCAGCGAUGAUAUUAUCAAGUCCAUCACGCAGCUUGUGACGGAGACGUCGACGAGUUUCCAGUCAGAGCUGAGCAAGAAGCAGACCGACCUGGACUCCUUGCACGCGUCCCUCCGAACAGCGUCGGCGCAGCUGGGAGAUUCAAAGCGCCAGCUGGAGUCGCUGCAAGCACAGGCCAAGGCGCAGUCCCUCACGCGGCAGAAGAUACACAACCUGGCCCGUGGGCGCGAGGAGGAGCAUGUCCGCCUCCGCCGGAUCGAGGAGAGCCACGGCCCCCUGAGCCCUUCGGCGACUGCCUGGGAGGCCGAGCUCACGGACGCGGCGAGUGACCCCAGCAGUCUGCCGGGCGCGCCGGUCCUGCGUGCGAGGAUACAGGCCCUUCGGCAACGCAGUGAGGUGACACGGAAGGCGGUCGGGUCCAUGAAAGGGAGGAGUAAGGACGUGGAGGUCAAGUACCGCAGAGUGGUUGCUCUCUGCUCCGGCGUCCCCGAGUCGGACGUCGACGCCGUCAUCGACGGGCUGCUGAGAGCGGUCGAGAGCGAGAAAGACGGGUUGGAAAUAGGGCGCGUCCGGAGGUUCCUUGGUGGUGUAGAUGGUGUCGUGCAUUAA